CUUCCGCUUCCGCCGUGUACAUGUUGACAAAACCGACAGUUUCUGUCAAAACGAGGAAGCAACAAUGUCUACCAUGAUACCAAGAACCAGUAUUGAUGAGGCCAAUCGACACCUACUGGCUCUACACAGACGUGUAAAUGAGCUGGAAAAUACUGUCAAGGAGCAAAAUGAUGCACUCCAUGCGAAGGAUGAAUUAUUGAAGACAAAAGUUUCUGAGAUAGAGGCAGCAAAAAACAGUGAACUGGGUAAAUUAUCAGAGAAACUUGUUUCAACAGAAAAGACUGUGGAAAUCAUUCAAGAGCAACUGCGUCAGAAACACCAACAAGUUGCAAUACUGCAACGUAGUUGUAGGCUUAUGCAAAAUUUAGUGUCUUUCAAGAAUAAUGUGAGAGAGCUAUUGAGCUGCAUAGAUGAUGCUGAGAAAGACAUGGCCAGUCAAAGAGACUUCCUUAGUUUGUAUACUGACUCUUCCACAGCUAUCACCAUGAAUGCCAACUCAAGUCCUAAGUCAUCAGGAUUACACAUAAACUCUACACUUGUGAAUAGUUAUGCAAAUCAUGACAACGUUCAAGAUGAUCAGAGUAUGGAUGGGGUGGAUUCAGAGGAUGAUGUUUGGAAGGUUCGUCAGGGAAGAAAACCCAGAGGGGAAAGAAAAGCUAAACCCAAGGGGAAAGAAUUUUACCUAUGACGCUAGGAGUGGAGUUGACCGAACCACUGCUGAACACCACUGACAAAUAUUUCAGGAAAUCUUUGGUGAUGAACAUGAUGAAUGACAUUAAUGAGAUACUGGGAUAUGUUUAUAUGAGUGAUUCAUCUUGUACUUUCAUGGUAUAAAAGGUAAACUUGCUGUCAAUAUUUUGCCAGUGUAAACAUGAUAGACCUGUUUUGUAUUUUUUGACUCGGUGUCAAAAAGGAAUCUGUUCUCUGUUCAUGUUUCAUAAGUAUAUGAGAUAGGAAGCCAUGAAAGUAGAUAUUAAUAAUACAUUUUGCACAUUGCUGUUAUUAAUAAUUUGGUUCUGCACAAGUUGUUCAGUUGCCAUGCUGUAGACCAGUGUUACUUGUGCUGAUAAGAUUUAACUCAAUAAUCCGUAUGUUGUUUUGAUAUUGAAGCUUGAGGUUCAUCAAAACAUACACAGCAGUUUGUUGUGUACAACUAGGGUAAGCUAUGUUUGUUGAGAACAAGUUCAAUUUCAAGCUUUAAGUGGUUGGCUGCUCUUGUUCUCUUGCUAUUGUCAUUAAGUCCAAACCAAUCAAAAUGUUUUUCAGACUACAUUUUUCAGUGUACACAAUCAAAAUUGAGCUAAUGCCACAUUUUAAGAGUAUUUGUAUGGUGUAGGUAGGAGUUAGAUUAUAGCAUGUGUAUCAAAAGUCAGUUUGCAAAGUUCCAGGAGUAAAAAAUAUAUCAAUUAAGCCUCAGUAGUCAGGGUGGAUGUAAUUUCCUAAAACAUUUGACAUGAAGUCAUUUUGAUUAUUUGAAUAUGCAAACAAAACAAUUUUCAAAAUAAGCAUAGUUUUAGUCAAACAGCACGUUUGCAUUCUUUUGUUUUCUUUAUUCUAUUUGUGGGGUUAACACAAACAAAUUAAUAAAUAGUAUUUAACUUUGUAUUUGUUGAUGUAUCCUCUUGUUUUAUGUUUUUGAUAUUUUAAGUUUGUGUACAUUAUGUGUGUUUGUUUGUUAUUUAAUGUUACCAUGUUCACAAGUUUUUCAUGUGUACAUGAUGAUGUUUACUAGUCAUGGAAAUACAUUGUCAAUUUGUUACUACAACUUAAUAACAGAUUGAUUUGUUUCCUCAUUUAUGUUCACUGAAACAAUCUGUAUUGUGUUUGUUUUGUUUAUUACGUUGAUGUGUUGAAACAGUUAUUCCCAUGGACUCACAACUUGAGAUUAAUGUAGUGUAUGUAAUGUUACCAUGACCGUUGAGACAUUUGUACAUCUACACUCAGUCACUGUAAACAUUAAGUCUUCUCAUCUGAUUUUGCUCAUUUUGAAAGUCAUAUUUUGCCAGACAGAGAUGAUGGGACCAGUUUUUUGUUAAUUUAUUUAUUUAUUUUAUUUCUCUAUUAUAUGGAGGAUUUAUUCAUUUUGUUGAUGAUGUUUUUCACACUUGUUACAGGGCUAAGAAAUCCAUAAUCAGAGGAGAAAUUGAAUCUCUACAUAAUGAGCGUUGUGAUGUUUAUUGUUGUAAUUUUUGUUAAUGAAUGUUUACAUAAAGUUAAAUGCACUUUACAGCAGCUUGUUCAGUUCAGUGUUUGACUGUUCAAGGUACAUCACAUCAUAUUGUAGCGGUAAUAUAAUUGGUUUGCUGUUGUCAGGAAUACUGCAUCUAUUGCUGGUUUGCCUGCAACAUAUUUGUCUGUAAAACAUAAUAGUACUUUAGCUCUUAAGGUUUUGCCAAAGUAGUAUUUUAUACAUUGUUCAUAAUGCUCCCUUUUUGUAUUGUUUUUAUGAUUGCUUUGGGGUUUUUUCCAUUUCAAAUCCAUUUCAUUUGAAAUAUAAUGUAUAAUGCACUGUAUUUUCUUACAUUUAGACCGGGUAUGGUAGGUAAUGAUGGAGUGUAUUCAACAUAGAGAUUAUAUUUCAUUACACAAGUAAUAAUGAAACAUAUUCACCAUACAAAUCUUCUUUUAUUGGGAAGGUAGUAAUGAACUGUAUUCGACAUAGAGAUCAUAUUUAAUUGGACAAGUAAUGAUGAACUGUAUUUGACAUAGAGAUCAUAUUUAAUUGGACACGUAAUAAUGAACUGUAUUUGACAUAGAGAUCAUAUUUCAUUAGACAGGUUAAAUAGCGAACCAUGUUCAACAUAAAGGUCAUGUUUCAUUGGAAAGGUUAUAAUAGGCUGUGUUCAGCACGGAGAUAAUGUUUCUUUAGAAAUAUUGUUUUAUAUUUGAUAGUUAACAAGUAACUGUAGUAUUCAUUGAGUUCAUGUUUCUAGUUACAUUUUAUCAUAAAAAACACAUUUUAUGGAAUAACGAGGAAUGCACUUAUUUCCAAAGAGAGUUUCCUGGAGAGUUUGGUAUGUUUGAGGUAUGAUAUAUUCAGCGUGAAACUCUUGUGCCUCUGAACAAGUCCACGGCAUGUUGUAAUCAUUCUAUAUUUCAUGUGCCUUUUGUACCCAGCCAUGUGACAGGGGAAGCUGAUGUGCACUUUACACCACCCACACGACACCAUGGAACACUUGGUGUGAGGUACCUGUGAAGAUCCGGGUCAGAAUUGAUCUUCAGUAAUUUAUGCUUGUUGUAAAAGGCAACUAAUGGGAUCAGGUAGUCAAA